UUCUGAUCUUAGGAUAAAAUUAGUUGUUCCUAAGAAGCGACAGUUCAGCCUCGAGUACGAAAGGAGCAUUUCUCUGUAGAGAUACCCUUGGUAUACCAUUAAGAGAGGUAUUAUUGUUUUAUCUAUUUAUUUUGUCUCCUCUAUCACAUAUUACAUAUUUCGCUGUCGUAAUGCAACACGCGAGCUGCGAACAUAAGACCGAUUGAUAACAAGAAGGAAAAAUAGGACUGCAUAUACGAUGUAAAUCGAUUUGUUCCGAACAACGUAUUUCUGUGAUGGCAUUAUGCAAUGGUUGAUGGUACAGUUGCGAAAUAUAUGAACAAAUUGGACUGUUCAAUAAGUUUGCGCCGCGAAGAAUGCUGUUGGUGAUGGUGGUGGUGAAGUAAACGGCCUAGCUGGCGAUAAUAAGGCCACAUUGAUAGCUCCAAGUACAUACGUAUAAUUGCGACGCGUGUAUAUAUAGCAGCAAGUUCUCUCCUGAACGUCGAGUCCCUCGUGUGUUGUGCUUAUUAAAGUAUCCAGAAGCGACUUGACAUAAGCGGAUUACAGCUGGAGACUAAACUUGUCUCGAAUUUUUGUAGAAAAAUCAUGGCUAAGGACAAUCUCUCUGCUGUACUGUAUGGCAUCAACGAUUUGCGUAUGGAAAACACGAGUAUCGAGGAACCAGAAGACAAUGAAGUGCUUCUUGAAAUGGGAUGCGUAGGAAUCUGUGGGUCGGAUGUUCAUUAUCUUGUCAAUGGCAGAAUCGGCGAUUUUAUAGUGAAGAAACCCAUGAUCCUUGGUCAUGAAUCCUCUGGAACUGUCGCCAAACUUGGAAAAAAUGUCAAGAAUUUAAAGGUUGGUGAUCGUGUUGCUAUUGAACCUGGCGUGCCUUGCAGGAUAUGUACUCAUUGCAAAGAGGGACGUUAUAAUCUUUGCAAAGAUAUUGUGUUUUGCGCAACUCCGCCUGUGCACGGCAGCUUAAGACGUUUCUACAAACAUGCAGCUGAUUUCUGCUUCAAAUUGCCCGAUCAUAUGAGCUUAGAGGAAGGAGCGCUUUUAGAGCCAUUAUCAGUGGGAGUACACGCUUGUAAACGGGGCGAAAUCGGAAUAGGUUCUAAACUAUUAAUUCUGGGUGCUGGUCCGAUCGGUUUGGUGACGUUGCUAGUAGCCAAAGCCAUGGGUGCGGCAAAAAUAGUUAUCACGGAUAUCUUGCAAAGUAGACUGAACAUAGCAAAGAAACUUGGCGCCGACGUUACGUAUCUGAUACAAAAGGAUAGAUUGGAGAAGGAUGUAGUAGCUGAUAUUCAUGCAAUUUUUGAAGGUGAACCUAAUAGAACGAUAGACGCUUCUGGUGCACAAUCCUCGAUUCGUUUAGCGAUUCUUGCGACCAAAUCUGGUGGAGUCGUGGUAUUAGUGGGAAUGGGUGCUCCAGAGGUACAAAUUCCACUAAUAAACGCUUUGAUAAGAGAAGUCGAUAUCAGGGGUGUUUUCCGAUACGUAAAUGACUAUAAAGAUGCAUUGGAGCUUAUCUCAUCUGGCAGAGUAAACGUAAAGUCGUUGGUCACUCAUAAUUACAAAUUAGAGGAUACUAUGCAAGCGUUUGAGACCAGCAGAACUGGAGCAGGUGGAGCUAUCAAAGUGAUGAUUCACUGUAAAUAGAUGAAUACAGUAAAUACAAUUGUAAUUCUCUGUGAGAAAUGUUACACGAAAAGGUUUUAUGCAACUUAAAAACUUUAGCUAUGUAAUCAUUUUAAUUUGAUGUUUGACUUAAUUGAGAUAGGAAAAUGGAGAAAAAUCUAGAUAUUGACAUGGGUAUAUACACACAUACACAUUCGCGCGCGCGUGUGUAUCUGAUCCGAUAAGCAAUUUCGAAUCUUUCAUCAUGUAAUCCCGGUAAAUUAUUGCGCUAUGUUAAUUUACACAUGAUAUCUUUUACAUCUUGGCGAUCAAUUAAUGGCA